AGAAUUCAGUAUUCAUUAGAGACUUAAAAUAAUAUUACCAGUCGAUACGAUUUAGAAUCUAUUGAUUCAUUCAGAUUAAUUCUUUUGGAACGAGCACAUAUAGGCGCGUGACUGGUUUUAACAGUGACGUUUGUAGAUUCGUGACGUUUGCACGACAAAUGAUUUAGUUGCAAACACAAAUCGCUGGAAUAAUACUGUUUGUGUGACUUGUGAGUAAAACAUAGCCCGAAAUGUUUUUCAAAGCGACUAAUAAAUUUCGUGAAAUGUGAUAAAAUAUCGUGACUUUUUGCCAGAAUUUUCUUUCACGUGGGCCACCAGAAACAAAUGUGGACGAAGGCAUCGAAGGAGGAAAAAGAUAGAAAUAGUACGUAAGAAGGAGAGGUUAAUUCGUGCACGGAAAAGAGCCAGAGAAAGAAAGCAAGAUACGGAGGAAAAGAGAGGACACUCAGUGCCGAAGCUUUAUCUUUAUUAUGCGCCGCUGAGUGAAUUGUCAAGUGAAAUCAGAAAUGGCUGCCAACGAGCAACAACGCAAGGAAUCACGAGAAUUAAGAGAACCAGCCCACCAUGCAAGGAGACCAAUGAAUGCUUUUCUUAUUUUUUGUAAACGUCACCGUGGUUCUGUGCGAUCUGGUUUCCCACAUUUAGAAAAUCGAGCAGUUACAAGAGUUCUUGGAGAAUGGUGGGCCACUCUUCAUCCAGAUCAAAAACGUUCUUAUACAAAUCUAGCACAGGAGUACAAAGAUGCAUUCUUAAAUGCAAAUCCUGACUUUAAGUGGUACAAAUUACCAGCACCUCCUUUACGUACUUUGAAUACUAGGCCUACAAACAAAAAGGCAGAAACAAAUUCUAAUGAGCAAAUAGUAGAAAGUGUAAAAUGUGAGAACAAGUCUUCCGAUUAUUCAAAAUCUGAUAAGCGAGAUGGACAAUCAAUUCAACCAGGAAAAUUAGCUGAUGAAUCCCAAAUUGGUGGCCUCAGUUCAUUAUUUACACCUCAAAAAACACAAGCAGCAGAUGAGAAAGUGACUAUUAAUGGUUCUGUGAUUGAAAAUGAUACUGAAGUUCCAAAACCUCCUAAAAAAAGAUAUUUAGAAGUACCUUUUUCAUCUGAUAAUAAGAGAGAAUGUAAAGCUGAUCUUUUUGAUGCAAAAAAGAGAAAAAAAUCUGAAUCAAAUAAUAAUGUGCAUCAAUAUGAUACAGAAGAUGAAAAAACAGAAAUAAAUAAUUUUUUAACUACAAACAUGCCUUCAGAAGAAAGUAAUUUUAGAAGUGAACGAACAUGCAAAGGUUUACGUUAUCAAAAGUUCCUUGCAGAACAAAUGAAAAAUGUUGGUGCAUCAGGACAGCAGCCUAAGAGAAGAAGACAAACUGGAAAUCGUAGCACUGAUGGUCAAGCAACUGAAAGAAGAAACUCUAUUUCUUCAAAUGUCAGUGAAAAAACAGAUUCCUUGAGUAGUGAAGGUGGAAAUAGCUCUCGCGGCGAAUUAGAGCAUCUUGUUGAAAGCGCCGAGGGAAAUAUAGAAGCAUCAAAGCCAGAAGAGACAGAAACUGAAGGUGCAGAAGGACAAGUUGAUUUUGGACCAUGGACUGCAAGAAAAAGGUUUCGAGCUGAGGACUUUAAUUUAGAAAAGAAAAUUGAAGCGUUACCAUCUUUAAGUUUAGAAGAAUUUCAGGAAAAGAAGAAGCAACAACGUACGAAAAAGAAAAAAAUUGUACAAAAAUUAACAUCGACUUCGAAUAAUAAAAGGCAUCAGAAUAAUUUCGACAGCAACGAUCAAGCAAACAGUCAAAACAAUACAAAAAUAUCUCAAACAGAACGUGAAAAUUCAGAAGAUGCUGAGAAACUUUUAGUUGGAAGUCAAAAAAGGAAAGCACGAAAACAAAGCAUUACACGUAAUGCGGCAGCUAUAAAUGAUUCAAAGCAAAUUGAGAUCGAGGAACCCAAUAAAUCAUGGUGUGCAUCGCCGGACUUAGAAGCACUGGCAUGUCUUGCAGCAGUUGCCGCCAACAGAACAAAACUUACCAAAAAUAAUACAUAAGAGAUAUAUAUUUUUCAUAUUUAGCAGUCGUUCAUGACGUAAACUUGUGCUAAGUAAACCAAAAUCUUAUUCAUUUAUUUCUUAAUACAAUUUCUUAUUAGCUGAAUUAUUGAAAUAAUUGCUUUGAUUGCUGUUAAAAAAAAAAAAAAAA